UAUUUGUAGCUACAUUUUCUUCUUAAAAAAAUAUUAAUCUGCAAUAUUUGUGUCUAACAUUGCCACUACUUGUAUAAAAUUUUUUGUUUAGACAUGUCUGAACAAGUACCAACUGUUGAAUGCUCAUCUGCAAGUCCACUGGUAGAGAUUGAAGUUGAUGGUAUUACUGGUAGAGAAGAAUUUAAUGCUAUAGAGUGUGAUAGUAAUGAUGGGAAUAAUGAAGUUGAUGGUAUUAUUGGUGGAGAAGAAAACCCAAGUGCCCCUAUAGAUCCCCAAAAAUAUGCAUACCAAAGGAAGCCUAGGAAGAAAACUUCUGUAGUUUGGAAAUAUUUUAAAAUAGUGGAGAAGAAUGGUGUCAAGAAAGCUGAGUGUAACUUUUGCAAAGAUCUCUUGUCUAUUUCUUCAUCAGGUUCUACAACUCACUUUCAUAGGCACUUGACUAGUUGUCUUCCACACAUAGCUGCUUCUAAGAGACAAAAGGUUUUGACUAUUGACAUGAAGGGUUCUGAAUGUGUGAAUCUUGUAAAAAAUUUCUCGUAUGAUAUGAAAAAGGUAAGAGCACUAGCUUCUCACAUGAUACUUUAUCACGAGUAUCCUUUUUCCAUGAUGGAACAUGUGGUGUUUAAUAAAUUUAUGAGAGCUAAUACUCCUUAUUGGCAAAAAAUAAGUCGUACUACAGCUAGAAAUGAUUGUCAAUCCACUUAUGAGAUUGAGAAAAAGAAGUUGAAGACAAUAUUGAGAGGUGUGAAUAAAGUCAGUAUAACAACCGACAUGUGGACUUCAGGUCAAAAGAUCUCAUAUAUGGUUAUUACCUGUCAUUUUGUUGAUCCUGAUUGGCAUUUACAAAAAAGAGUCUUUUUUUUUUUGUAAUGUCCCACCAUCACACAACGGGGUUAUUAUUGCUGAUGCUCUUCAAAAGUGUUUCAUUGAUUGGAGAAUUGAGAACAAAGUAUCUACAUUAACAGUGGACAAUGCUAGAUAUAAUGAUGUAGCUUUAAGGGUUCUCAAAGAUGUUUUCAGUUUGAAAAAGAAGUUAUCUAUCGGGGGGCAGCUUUUUCAUGUGCGUUGUUGCGCACAUAUAACAAAUUUAUUGGUCAAAGAUGGACUAAGUGAGAUUGGUGAAAUUGUCGACUGUGUUCGAGAAGGGGUGAAGUACUUGGUUGCAUCAGAAGCUCGUAUCAAACAGUUUAGUGAUAUUGCAAAACAAUUGCAAUUACCAAGCAAGAAACUUUUUUUGGAUGUUCCUACCAGAUGGAAUAGCACUUAUCUAAUGCUAGCUGCAGCCUUAGAGUUUAGGGAAGUCUUUCCGAGAUAUGGAGAUAGAGAUCAAGGCUUUAAUUAUGUUCCAAGUGUUGAGGAUUGGACCAAAGUGGAAAAUGUCUGUCAAAUUUUGGCAGUUUUUAAUGAGGUUACAAACAUUAUCUCAGGAAUUGAGUAUCCAACUGCUAACUUAUUCCUUCCUGAGGUAUGGAGAAUAAAAGAGGUGUUGAACAAGAAGUCUCUUGACCUAAAUGAUUACAUACGAGCAAUGGUUGUGAAGAUGAAUACAAAAUUUGAUAAAUAUUGGGGGGAAUGUAAUUUGCUUAUGGCAGUGGCUACUGUUUUGGAUCCAAGGUUCAAGAUGAUGCUAGUUCAAUUUUGUUUUCCAGUAAUUUAUUCAGAACUCGAAGCCACUAAAAACAUAGACACCAUCUUGAGAAUCUUAUAUGAGCUGUAUGAUGAGUAUGCUGAAGAUUAUAAUUUAGCUAAUGUGGAGUCGAGUGGACAUGAAAAUGCUCGAGACAUAGGUUCUUCUUGUAGUGGCUCCAUCAAUGUUGUGGGGAAGAAUGUGAUGAGUGGCAAGUCUAUAUUUGAAUCAUUCGUUAGAAGGAAUGAUACCAUUCGUCCAGUGAAAUCUGAUUUGGAUGUUUAUUUAGAGGAAGGUGUCUAUAUUUGUAGUGAGGAUUUAGAUUUACAUUUUGAUGCCUUGGAGUGGUGGAAGGUUAAUGAUCUAAAAUACCGCAUUUUAUCUAAGAUGGCACGUGAUAUUUUGUCAAUUCCAAUUACUACAGUGGCUUCAGAAUCUACAUUUAGUGCUGGUGGUAGAGUAAUUGAUCCUUAUCGCGCAUCAAUGUCUGUUGAAACAGUAGAAAUGUUAUUAUGUGGGGCUGACUGGGUUCGGGUACUUCAUGGUUUGAAAAAAUCAUCGAAUAGAGAAGAACCAACUUAUGAGGAGAUUUUACUGCCUUGAUGGGAAAUCAAGUGACAAGUUGUAUAUUUUUGCCUUUUAGUAUAAUGCUAUUUAUUUUUGAAUUGUUAUUUUGUUAUAUCAUGUUGCUAAUUAUAUCGUGUGUGUUUUGCAUUAUAGGUUGAUGGUGAUUGGCAUUUGGCUAGUUUUUAAUCUCUUUUUCUUUUUGUGAAUUGAUCUAGUAGAAAUACUACAAGGAACAAUGAUAGAACAUGUUAUUUAAGACAAAA